AUGGUGGACCUGAUUGGGCUUGCAAUGCCUUUUGCGUAUCUGGGCCUAUUGGUUGGUUCUUUGGCGACUUUCUCCUCACUCUACAGAAAACGGAAAACAGCAAGGUCAGCAUCGUUAGAGCCAUGGUUCGAUCCUCACGUCCAACGGAACAUCUACCUCUCUCUUCUCCAUCUCGAACCUCAGCCCGACCAAGACAAAGCCACACCAGUACCCGAUAGCAUAUUAAAAGCCGCAUUACUCCAACGGGCUGCGGAAGACAUUCGAAGAAUACUUGCAAUACGAGGAGCUAAGCAGCCGCUGAGUCAGCUUUUGCAGAGAGGUAGCGUCGGAGAUGAUCUGUGGCAGAGGUUCCUGAGGGCAGAGAAAGAGAUGGAAGCGGAGGUGAAAGAUGUUGUGGAGGAGGCGAACGCUCUCGCUACGAAUUGGGGACAGACCGUCUUCCAAAGUGCUAACGAGAUGGUCAACAACGCAACCAUACGUGAGCGUGUGGGUGAAUUGCAGGCCAAGGGUAGAGCAGACCGUGAAUGGUGGGAUAAGGAGAGAGAAAGCAUAUCCUCGAAGUUCAUGCAAGAAUUGGACGAAGAAGUGCCUGCAGGGGGUUCAAAACCUGCAUCGACAAAAGCUGGCAACAGCGACGAAGAGGCGGUUCUGGUAGAGGCUGGAGGGCCCGCCGCAGGGGGGUCUACGGCAGGAUCGAAAGGUGGCACGGUAAAGAAGCGGAAAGGAAAGAAGUAG